AUGGCCCCGCUCUCCCGCCAUCGGACUCUCCUCCUAACCCUCGACGCUUUCAACACCAUAUUUCACCCGCGCAGGCCAAUUCCUGCAAUAUACGCCGGUGUUGCACAAGACCUCGGCGUCAUUCCCUCCGACAUAUCCCACGACGUGGUCAAAACCGCUUUCAAGGCUGCCUUCAAGCACAAUAGCGCACAUUACCCAAACUAUGGCCGGGAUACACCCGGCUUUGGCGGACCCAAGGUAUGGUGGGGGAAUGUCAUCCGAGAAUGCUUUGCAAACGUCAAAGGGCGUGACAGCACUGUGAAUGAUAUACCGGAUCGCUUGGUGGAAACGCUGAUUGGUGUGUUUGAAGGGGACUCGGGAUAUAAACUGUACGACGAUGUAAUUCCGUUCUUCAAGAAGCUGCAGGCUUGGAAGGAUGCAAAAAGGUCUGGGAAUACUGGGAAAGAUUGGGAUCGAAUUGUCAUCGGAGUCGUUUCGAAUGCGGACGACAGGGUGCCAACGAUUCUACGGUCACUCGGCCUACACGUGGGGAGUGCGUGGGCAAAUAGCGGGGAGUUAUUGCCCACUGUUGAUAAGGCAUAUGGCGCGAUGGAGGGAGAGAACGACAUUGACUUUAUCGUGACGAGUUAUGAAGCCGGAAAAGAGAAGCCUCAUAAACAUAUUUUCGAUGUCGCUCGAAAACGGGCCGAAGAGCAUUUGAGGACAUGUGGUGCUGAUAUUGAUUGUCCAUUCCCCGCCGGAAAUGACCUUUGCGUCCAUGUUGGAGACGACUAUCACGAUGACUACGAAGGAGCAAGGAAUGCAGGUGCCAGAGCAGGCGCAGAAAACAGCCCACUCGAUUCCCGACCUAGAUAA